CCGCUGGCGGGAGGUCGCGGCGCAGUCCCGCCCCCGUCGGCAGCCUCCGCGCGCCAAAAUCAAACCCCAAGACCCGCGGUCCCGGGUACUAGCUGCCGGCGGGAGCUCAGCCUGCGCGUCUAGUCUCGUUCGGCAGUGGCGCGAGCCCCAGCGCGCGCACCUGUGGCCGCCUCCUAGCCUUCCCUGUUGGAUGCACUCGGGCCACCACCAGACUAGAAUGGCCACCCCACCUAAGAGGAGCUGCCCGUCUCCCGCGACCGGCUUUGAGGGGGUCCGCAUCAAGAAGAUUGCCAUCGAAGGGAACAUUGCUUCAGGGAAGACAACAUUUGUGAAUAUCCUUAAACAGGUCUGUGAGGAUUGGGAAGUGGUUCCUGAACCUGUUGCCAGAUGGUGCAAUGUUCAAAGUGCACAAGAUGACUGUGAGGAACUGACACCGUCUCAGAAAAGUGGUGGGAAUGUUCUUCAAAUGAUGUAUGAGAAACCUGAACGAUGGUCUUUUACCUUCCAGUCAUAUGCCUGCCUCAGUCGAAUACGAGCCCAGCUUGCCUGUCUCAAUGGCAAGCUCAAAGAUGCAGAGAAACCUGUAUUAUUUUUUGAACGAUCUAUAUAUAGUGAUAGGUAUGUUUUUGCAUCUAAUUUGUAUGAAUCUGACUGCAUGAAUGAAACAGAGUGGACACUUUAUCAAGACUGGCAUGACUGGAUGAAUCACCAGUUUGGUCAAAGCCUUGAACUGGAUGGAAUCAUUUAUCUUCGAGCCACACCAGAGAAAUGCUUGAAUAGAAUAUAUUUACGGGGAAGAAAUGAAGAACAAGGCAUUCCUCUUGAGUAUUUAGAGAAGCUUCACGAAAAGCAUGAGAGCUGGCUCCUGCAUAGAACCCUGAAAACCGACUUUGAUUUUCUACAAGAAAUCCCCAUCUUAACACUGGAUAUUAAUGAAGACUUUAAAGACAAACACGACAGUCUAGUUGAAAAGGUAGAUUUGUACAAAGACUCUACACUAACAUUUGUUUUGUCUUGUCUAGAAAAGUGUUGUAACUUGUGAGAAAACAACUUUCUAACAGAAAAGAAUAUGUAACG